GAAAAACACAUUAAGUUUUUACAAGAAUUACCACACCUCCGAAGACUCGAUAAUGCUAACCUUUGUCUUCCCCAUCUUUGCCUUUUCUAUUUAAUGGAAAAAAAUAAAAAUAAAAUUGAGUGAGAAUAUUCCUCCGGCGCUUAGAUUCUUCACCAUCACCGGCAGCUGAACGACUUCUAGAUCUUCUUUACCAUCCACUUUCACUUCUGUUUCUAUGUGUACUUGUUCUUGUACGGUUUAAAGUAGAUCUAAAGUUAUAUUUUAGAUCGUGUUAAAUUAGCAUCAGAUGCAAAAAUAGGUUUUAGAUCUAUGGAGAAGAGUUUCUCUGUAACUGAAGUACAAUCGAAGACGAAAGAAAAUCGAUUAUCGGCUGAACUAAGUUGAACUCAAGAGAUUCGCUUUCGAACGACAAUUUUUCGACGAUCCAACUCGUUCUUAAGAACACCCACACGAAAAAAAACAAAAAAAAAACAUCUUUUCGACAUUGGUACAACUUCAAUUCAACCAUGGAGACACCACUACCAACACAAGCGAAGAACAACACUCUAAAACGUCACAAGUCGGUUGACCGGUUUGACUACAUCAACAAUGAGAAUCUAAAACUUGCAAUCCCAAUCGGGCCCCGUUUUCAAGCCCAUGUACCCGAAUGGACCGGCCCACCUCACAAAAAGACCCCCCACAAUUCUCUAACCUCUUCAAAAUGGUUAGGCACAGUGACAUGGUCAUCAACCGAAACUACUACAGAAGGUGACGUUAUCGUGAUUGGGAAAGGAAGACCCGAAUCUUGCAAUUGUGCAUCAAGUGGGUCCAUCAUGUGUGUAAAGCGCCACAUCGCUCAAAAAUCAUCCGAACUGCAAAAAGAUUUGGGACCCGCUUUCCAUAAAUGGAAGUUUGAUCAAAUGGGAGAAUCUGUAGCCAAGUUAUGGAAGCAACCAGAGCAGCAGAAGCUUACACAUCUUAUGAAAAGAGUGCCAGUUUCAAAAGAUAUGGAUUUUAUAAAACCUGCAUUGGAAUGUUUUCCAUUGAAAUCCAAGAAAGAUAUAGUGAGCUAUUAUUUGAACGUAUAUGUUCCUAGACGAAUGAGUGUGCAAACAAGGUCUGGUUGUAUAAUGGUAGAUACAGAUGAUGAAGAAAAGUCAAAGGGUGGACCUUGUUCUAAAGUGUCUAGGAAAAGGGCUCGGGCUGAUGCUACACCUUUGACCAGCUCUAAACUUGUGUUGACCAAGUAUUUGACUGGACGAAGAUGACAUGGAUGAGGAUUUGAGGAGGCUGCUAGCUUUGUACCUGUUUUCAGCAUUAGUUAGAGAAGAUAAGUCUUUUUUUUUUCUUUUCUCCGGUAAUGUAUUUAUUCUUCUCGUUAUUAUUUUUAUUAUAUAUAUUUAAACAUCUCCCCUCUGGCCUCUACUAGAAUUAUAUUGUGGGGAAUCACUAGGCCAAAAGUUUGGCAUCUUUAGGUAGGGAUUUGAUGAAGUUUUGCCUAAGAUCACAAGUCAACUUGCUUUGUUUGGUUAGAUUAUGUAUCUAUCUUGCACAA